CACCGGCUACGGCUGUUCCUUCUCAUCCACACCCCGCUUAAAACCCUCGCAAGCACCCGCUCCACGGCGGCGGCGGCGGCGGCAACCACCACACAGAGAGGAGCUCCCACCAGCGACGUCGCAGCUCACAAAUGGACAGCGGAAGCGAGUCCGACGGCGCCCCUGAGGAGCUCACUGCCGUCCAGGGUGUCGAGAAACAUGAAGAAAUCAGCAAAGUAGAGAAGGACAGUGCUGUCAGAGCAACCCAGGAGGAGAAAGACCGGAGGAAACGCUGGGCCCAACGCAAAACAUCCUCAAACCCGAAAAAAAAGAAACCUCUGAAAGUAGAAGAUAAAGAUACAGAAGUGGAUGAGGAGACACGUGCUAUGCCCGGGACACUCCCCAAGAGCGUAAUUGAAAUGCUUGCAGCACGUGAGAAGCAAACCUUCACAUCGGAUUCUGAGGAAGAAAAUGUAAGCCAAAAGGUCCAGAAGAAGAAGAAAAGAUUGAAAACUACAAUUACUGGACCUGAAACAAUUCUGCUGAAAGAUGUUCGAUCAACGGAGCACAUAAAAAAAGCCCUCGAAUUUCUGAAUCACAGGAAAAACCAGGUGCCAAGAUCCAAUGCAGUUUUGAAGAAUCGUAGUGCCAUGCGUCUCUUUAAUAAACCUAAUUUCACGGCUUGAGUGGUAGGCUGAGGCAGUUUCUGAAUUCUGUGUCGAGGCUCGUUUGGAAGACUAUUAUGGUUGACAGGUUGAGAUAUCAAUUGUUUUUAUGUGUUGAACAAACAUAUAUGCUUGUGAUUUGCAGUGUCGUAUGGGGGUGAUGAUGUAUAAUGUUCAUCCUCGUUAGACACCUGUGAUGUGUGAGCUGAAUGCGCAUAAUGUUAACACUUCUCCAUGGUCCGGCAUUACUGUGAAGCAUGUGCUUUCUGUGUUUGCCAAUUCAUAUUCCUUUGGAAAUGAGAUUUUAUGUUUUCUGCUAA